CGGGCGGAAGUGAGGUCGAGGGCUCCGGUGUCUGCGCAGCAUUAGCGGCAGCGCGGGCCAGGGCGAGGUGUGCGGGACGAGCGGUCGGCCGCAUCCGAGCGGUGUCCGGGCGCUGCCCGUCGCCGAGCCACACGCCAAAGUCCGGCGCGUGCCAGUCCCCGAGGUGCAGGCCGCUUUCUUGAAAUCAUGAAUCCUGUUUAUAGCCCUGGGUCUUCUGGGGUUCCCUAUGCAAAUGCCAAAGGAAUUGGUUAUCCAGCUGGCUUCCCUGUGGGCUAUGCAGCAGCUCCUGCCUAUUCUCCUAACAUGUACCCUGGAGCGAAUCCUACCUUCCAAACAGUGCUGGAGAUUGAACCCAGGGUCUUGCACAAGUUAGGCUACACUCCUGGCACACCUUAUAAAGUGUCCUGUUCCCCAACCAGUGGGGCUGUGCCACCAUAUUCCUCCUCCCCCAACCCCUACCAGACGGCCGUGUACCCUGUGAGAAGUGCCUACCCCCAGCAGAGCCCGUAUGCCCAGUUGUCUCUCUUCUCCCCACAGCAAGGCACAUACUACACACAGCCGCUGUAUGCAGCACCCCCUCAUGUCAUCCACCACACCACCGUGGUGCAGCCCAACGGCAUGCCAGCGACGGUCUACCCUGCUCCCAUCCCUCCUCCUAGAGGCAACGGGGUCACCAUGGGCAUGGUUGCUGGAACCACCAUGGCCAUGUCAGCAGGUACCCUGCUGACUGCUCAUUCUCCAACUCCUGUUGCCCCUCACCCGGUCACUGUGCCUACAUACCGGGCCCCAGGAACACCCACCUACAGCUAUGUGCCCCCUCAGUGGUGAUCACCCUGCAGAUUAAUAUUUGAGGAUGGAGCUGUGCAGUCACAUCAUUGAGUUCCACAGCUGGUGCUGCAGGCCGUGUGCCUCCAACCAGGACUUUCUUCUUAAUGCUCUCGACACUUAGCUAAACACCGCGUCCCGGCCCAGCAGGUCCCAGCGCCGCUAGUCUCCAACUAACUCUGUGGGUUGGUCUUAAAGCAAAUCCUGUUUUGUGGACUGCCUGGCAAUUUUUUUAGCUAACUGUAAUGAUAAAAAGGGAGUAUUAAUCUAUUCUGAAUCAUAUCUAGUUGAAUGCAUGUUUAUAAAAACAAACACAGAAACAAAGCUUGCUCAAUCUACCUGCAGUGACUGAUGCAAAACCAUCAUAUGCAAAACCCAAAGGAAUGGACUGUGUUUUACAACCCAUGUCAUUCAGUACUGUUCUCGUAAGCUGAGUCUUAAAGUUAUAUAUGUUGAAGUGAAUGUCUUCAUAAAGCAUCUGAAGUACCAGAGGUGAUUCUUCAGCCUCUUGGGGUUGGUGAGGGUUGCCAGUUAAGGACGUGGACUUCUUGUGUUCAGCCACCUGUUCCUUUGGCACUGCCUGAAUCUGGAGGGAGCUGCAGGGACUGGGAGAGAGUAGUGAGCCUGUGGUGGCUCCAGAGCAGCAGUAGUGAGUGUCCCUCGCCUCCAUUUUCACUUAGAUGUGGUCUGGGGACCAGGGGGUGAACCUGAAGCAUAUCAGGGAAGAUGGAAGCUGGGUGGCAAUACAGCUGGGGUGAGGGGUGGGCUGUGUCAGCAGAGCAGUGUCUCUGCGCUCUGAGUUUCCACUAUGAUGUUUUGUGACUCUGUUGGGAAAGCCCAUUGUAGAACUAACUAAACUGUCUUCUAGGUCAGAAGAUGUCAAAGAGAAAUAGCCACAUGUGGAGGCGGGGUUAUCUGCUUUAUUUAGCUUAGAAAAUCAUUCCUUUUUUCCCCUUGAGAAGCAUUGAGUCAGCUGAAAACACAUAGUCAUUGCUGUAUUCAGGCCACAGAUAAGGGCAGAGAUUUCAGCUAUGUGCUGUGGAGAACAUUGUAUAUUUAAGACUGAUUAAAAGAGAAUGUCUGUAUUUUAACUUAGUUCCUUAUGUUUCUUAUAGAGAGGCAGGGUUGUGAUUAUGUCUGAAAAUGUAGAAACAUGUAGCUUGUCCCGGGGUCAUCCACCUGAUGGUGACCUAUCUUCUAUGACCAGAUGGAGGGGACUCCUAGAAAGGGAGCAUGGCCAGAAGGCAUGUGAGCUGCUGCUGCCACUUUUCCCUAUAGCUGAAGGUACUCAGCAGCAAGCAGAUGUGGAGAAUGGAGAGGGCCAGGCAAUACUGGAAGUCACUUGCCUGCGAGGAUCUAUUGUGGAAAAGAUUCUGAAUGUCUAAUCUGAAUAUGUAUAUAAGAAAUCAAGAGGGUUGGAUUGGUUCUUUUCACCUGAAUAUGCCCGAUGUGAAUCUAUGAGAGUAUUUCUGUUUGGUGGGGUCAGAGGGCAGGGUAUGAGGACCUCUCUGGGUCUGUUAGGGGUGUGUGUGUGUGUGUGUGUGUGUGUGUGUGUGUCAUUUUUCUCAAUCGCAUCAUUGAAGUUCUAAGGGCUUUGGUUGGAAGGGGAUUCUGUGCUUGUCUCUAGUAGCUAGGUCAGGGCCCCCAUGCUGGGGUGGAAGUCAUCUCAUUUGCAGUCAGCAUGGCUAAGAGGGUGAAUCAUCUGGCCACUGAGUCUUUGGUAACCUUAUUUUUAUAGUAAUUUUCUUCACAAUUUUUUAACGUUUUAUUUUUCAAGAAGUUUAAGAUUUCUGCAUGGAUCAGUGUAAAACGAAGAUUCCUUAUUCCUGGUAUUCAUUAACACAGAAUGUUUACUGAUGAGUACUUUAAUCACCUCGUGAGCACUUAAUUCUGUGUGUGUGUGUGUGUGUGUGUGUGUGUGUGUGUAAGAGUGAGCAAGAGAGCACACGUGUGGGACAAACGUUUACCCUAGACACACAGCUUGUGUCCAUUUUUGCAUUCGGUGUUGAUAACCCCAUCUAUGUGGUUGACAGUUUGUAGUGUUGGUGGUUCCAAGAACCCAACAGACAGAAGAAGGUAGCUUUCCCAGGUAAAUGACCAUAGAGGAGAAGAACAUACUCACGAUUCUAGUGUAUGUAUGAAAAAGUCCCCCACACAAGUAGAAACAUACAUGCAUCCCUGUCUCUAAAGGGUAAAACUUUUCAACUAUGGCAGGAAUUUACUCGGUCUUCAGGUGUGCUUGAGGCUGGCAUGCUGUGUUUCCACAGGCACUUGAGUUUUCAGGAGCAAAAGUAAGGUUUUGUAUCUUGUCCUGCUGGUUUCAUCAGCAUCACACACUUUUCCCUGUAACUUUUUUAAAAAUCUUUUUUCUCAUUGAAAUUAAGUUGACCAACUAUCAAAUAUAUAAUUCAUCUGUGUGGAACUCUUUUCUGUUUUGAAACUAUCGGCCUCAGCUGGUGAGUGGAUCUGCAGGUGGUAGAUCAUACCUAUAGGUGAGAUUCUGGGUAUAUGGUAGUACCAAAUGGUUGGAGGCUGUGAUUUUCAACAGCAUUCACUUUCAGUAAAAUUUAAGGAACAGAACUUGGCCAGUAUGCUAAUACACAGCUGCAUAAUUUGGUAUUCUGAAAAUUGUGGAGCAUUCCAAGGAAGUGUGCUUUUAUUAAGUGUGUGUGACAUUCCUGACUAGAGUCCUUCAGCCAAAUUCAUUUAGAAGGUGAGGCAGACAGGCAGGCAAAGGACCUGAUCCUGUGAACUCAGACUUCCUUUUAAGCAUUUUGUCUUUUUAAGUUUAUUCUGUCUUUUCCCUGAGGCUAGAGCGAUGUCUUCAUCUGCUGCUGCUGUCCUUUGCAGUUUGAAGGUUGGCAGAGACUUAAGUUGCUGAGUCAACGUUGAACCACCCAUAAGCUCCCUGACUUUUGAGAACUAAGGCCAGCCUCAGAACUGGGCCAGUUAGCUAACAGGCUUGGAAGUGCUUCCAGAACCUUUGUCUCAUUGUCUGCCUUUGAAGAACAUUGAAAGCAUUGAGUGGCUGUUGGCCUACCAAUUGCCAUUCUGGGCAAUGGCUUAUUGAAUGCUCUGUAGAGGCUUUUCCUGCAGACAGAGCGGUCCCCAGCUCUGCAUUGGGUGCCUGACUGCUGAGUGUCCACCCUUUCCCCAGCCAAUUUAUUGCAUUUGAUUAUGCCAACUGCUGUGACAGGAUGCCUCUAGAGCAGUGUGCAUGUUUCUUGGGGGAGACCAACAGUGAGAUGAAACUCGUUCUUAGGGAAGUUUGGGUUGCACUGACCUGGCGUGGGCUUUUGUGACUAUGCCUGUGGUUGUGAGAGGCUAGCAUAUAACCAGCCUUAAAUACUGAGGCUACUUUACAGAGAAGUCCAGAUUUCCUCGCCUGUCCUUUCUGAACAUUGGAAUAUAGUAUUACUCUGAUGGUGGGGCCACCUUCUCUCAUUCAGCAGCUAACAUCUGUGGUUUGUCCACUGGGCACUGCUGGAUGGUGCAGGACCUCCCAUGGGUACAGUAGCAGUUGGGUCAGCUACUGGUCCUUUUUUCUGGUGCUUUCUGAGGAAUUUCUGGAAGGUAGGAGUGCAGCUAGCUUAGUGAUUGAGCACCGCUUCCAUGUCUAUGUUACUUCAUCUGAGCUGUGUACUACUCCUUCCUGUUUGAGCCUUCUAAAUGUCAUGCAGUGGUACCCCGAGGGGAGGACUUGGUCUUUGUAGGAACAGCCCGAUUUAGAGGAUUCCUUUCUUCCCACUCUUGUUCAUUUGGAAAACAAAACCUGUGAAAUAAACCUUAUUAGAGUACAUGGGACUAAAAGUUGUCAGGUGGGAUGGGGAGAUGGAAGCAGCUUUUCUGUUCAGGACCGCAGUAGUUCUACAUGACAGGCAGGCAGCUCCCUGGGAAGUGGGUGGGCCUGAUGCAGACUGGGAAGUGGAUUAGACUAGCUGGGCCAGAUUGUGGCCUGGUUCCCAGCAGGGUACUGUUAACAGCUACUUGGAAGAAAGGCCCCAAGGAGCUUGAUGUGUUGUGACUGGAUAGGAAAAGCGUGGUGGGAGGGGGUGUUGUUUUGGGGUUCUUUUUUUUUUUUUUACUUGUUUUUUUAAAUACUUUUUUUUACACUGUUCUCUUGGUACUUUUUAAAGCUUAAGUCAGCAUUGUCUUCCAGUGUUAAAAGGCACCCCUCACCUCUGCAUUGAACCUAUGUGUCAAUACAAAGGAAUGGAUGGACCACCCAUCCUGAGCCAGUUCAAUUAGGUGUAAAUUCAUACUAUUUUAAUUUUUUAUGCAAUCUGAUGAGUAGAUGAGCUCAGAUUUAAAAUCCUUCAAAGCACGUUUAUUGUAACAAGAAUUGUUAUGUAUUAAUACUGCAGUUUUCAAUAAAGAUUGACUUGUGUUGCA